UUAAUCCAACUCUUUUACAUUCGAAAAUCGACCUUAAACUUCAAAAUCAAGGUUCAGUUUUAAAUAAACUGAUAAUGUGAGGUCGUAUCCCCACUUUAUGAGGAAAAUAUACCACAAUACGUUCCGAGAAGCAGUGUGGUGUGUGAAGUGACAAGAUGUACAAAUUCCUCUCAAUCCUGGUACUCCUGGCAUCGUGCCUCGCUCAAGACGACGGCGGCGACCUGGAGUCCAUCAUUAAGCAGCUCCAGAACCAGAAUAAUGGCGCGACGCAAGCGCCGCAGUCGUCAACUUUGGUGCCGAGCAUAGUCAACAAUAACGCUGACGAUGGCGACAAGUCCUGUAUGACAGCAGACAACCAGAAUGGCGAAUGUGUGCCGUACUACUUGUGCGGCGCCAAUGAUACCAUCAUUAAUGAUGGGGUCGGCAUCAUCGACAUCAGAGUGAAGGACGGCGAAUGCAAGUCCUACUUGGACACCUGCUGCCUGCCGCCAGACCGCAAGACUCCUGACAACCCCAUCACUCCUGCGCCCCCCGCUAAGAACCGAGAAGGCUGCGGCUGGCGCAACCCCGACGGGCUCGGGUUCCGCAUCACCGGCGCCGCCGACGGGGAGGCCAACUUCGGGGAGUUCCCCUGGAUGGUGGCCAUCCUCAAAAUAGAACCAGUAAAUGAGAACGAGCCAAACGGCCAGAAACUCAACGUGUACGUCGGCGGUGGCUCCCUCAUCCACCCCAGCGUGGUACUAACGGCGGCCCACUACGUCUCCAACGGCAACCAGCUGCGGAUCCGCGCUGGCGAGUGGGACACACAGACGAAGAACGAGCUAUAUCCGUACCAGGACCGAGAUGUUAAGGAGGUGGUGGUUCAUAAGGACUUUAACAAAGGCAACCUGUUCUACGACAUCGGUCUCCUCUUCCUGUCGUCCCCCGUGGACGCGGCGCCGAACAUAGGCGUAGCGUGCCUGCCGAGCCCCGGCGCGCGCGCCGUCGGCGGCAAGCGCUGCCUCGCCAGCGGGUGGGGCAAGGACCACUUCGGGAAGGAGGGCCGUUACCAGGUCAUACUUAAACGGGUGGAAGUCCCAGUGGUAGACCGCGCGCGCUGCCAGCAGGAGCUGCGCAAGACCCGCCUCGGCAAGUACUUCGAGCUGCACAGCUCCUUCAUGUGCGCGGGCGGCGAGGCCGGCGCCGAUACGUGCAAGGGUGACGGCGGGUCGCCCCUCGUCUGUCCUUCUGAGUACGAGAAGGACCGCUACAUCCAGCACGGGAUCGUCGCGUGGGGCAUCGGCUGCGGCGACCAAACGCCAGCCGUGUACGUCGACGUCGGCCACCUCCGGUCCUGGGUCGACGACAAGGUCCGCGGGCACGGAUACGACGAGAAAGUUUACACUUACCUCGACUAGGCUUGCAAAUGUCUUGAUGGCGG